AUGGCAUGUAUAGGAUCGAGUAGGCUUUGUGCUCAUGUGGAGAGACUGUGCCAGUUUGGACAUUUCGCCCAAUUACGGAGGAAAGUUUCGACUACGACAUGUGUGAAAUCGCGGCCGGUAAACCCUCGGACGAGCAACGCUCUCCUACCGCACUGCCAGAACAAAACGAACACGCGAGACAGCAGGAUAGAUCUCGCGAGGGCGACGAGCACUAUGCAAACGCAGAUGCCUGGAUCUUUGCCCGAUUACCAAAUCGAUCCUUAUAGACUUGUAGAGGACGACCUUAAGGAUAUAUUCGACAAUAUACGACUGGAACUUGUCAAUAAAACUACGCAAGAAGAGCUGCAGCUCAUAAGUACAUACUACUUGGAUGGCCAAGGGAAAGCGGUGCGACCCAUGUUUGCCAUACUCAUGGCACGAGCUAUUAAUUACCACAAGGGAAGGAACGAUCUCUCGCACUCGCAACGGCAAGUAGCGAUGAUCUCUGAGAUGAUUCACGCCGCUUCCUUGUUGCACGACGAUGUGAUCGACCAGUCGGACAUUCGUCGUGGCAAACCGUCGGUCAACAUCGUCUGGAGUCAGAAGAAGGUGGCUAUGGCAGGAGAUUAUAUCUUAGCGGUCGCCUGCAUGAUGCUUUCCAGAAUCCAAAAUGACGAUGUGACUAUCGCCAUCAGUCAGAUUCUCGCUGACUUGGUGCAAGGCGAAUUUAUGCAGCUUGGUUCCAAAGAAACGGAAAACGAGAGGUUCGCACAUUAUCUCACGAAGACUUAUCGAAAAACAGCGAGUUUAAUUGCCAAUUGCGUUAAAGCGGUCGCCAUUCUUUCCGAAGUCGAUGAUCGUAUGAUAGAGAUGACCUUCCAAUACGGCAGAAAUGUCGGCUUGGCUUUCCAGCUGGUGGACGAUCUUCUGGAUUUCGUGGCCUCCUCAACGGCUAUGGGCAAGCCCACAGCCGCUGAUCUUAGACUCGGACUGGCCACAGCCCCGGUGCUCUUCGCUUGCGAACAGUAUCCAGAAUUGAAUGCGAUGAUUAUGCGCCGUUUCCAAGAGCCCGGGGACGUGGAGAAGGCUUUCGAAUUGGUACACAAGUCCAACGGUCUCGAGCAGACAAGAUUCUUGGCGAAGAAGCACUGCGCGGAAGCUAGCAAAAUUGCGCAGUCCUUCACCAAGAGCCCUUAUCAGAGAGCCCUGAUCAUCAUGGCCGAUCUGGUCAUCAAUCGUAUGAAAUAGCAUCGUGACGAGAGAUUCAGAAAACGAACGAUUGAUUUUAUAAGUAUUUUUAAGUUAUAUUGAAUGAGGACGGCUAGGAUAAAUUUUAUAAAUCGAAUC